AUGGAUUGCCAACUUGUAAUGUCAAGAAAAGUUGUGCUACAAUACAUUUCAAAAUAUGCUUCAAAAUCCGAAAAAAGAUCAAAAUCUUACACUGAAAUACUCGAAAUUAUUGUCAAUGCAAGUGAAUCUGAAGAUACUAUCCUGUCUACAUACCAGAAAUUUAUGAUGCGCAUAAUAGAAAAUUGUGAUAUUAGCGCACAAGAGACUUGUCACAUGCUGCAAAAAUUGUCGCUCAUUAGUUGUAGCCGCCAAUUUUUAUCUCUUAAUGUUACUAAAAAAGCACUACACUGUAUCACAAAAAUAGAUAAUGAAACUGACCUGCCAAGUAGUUAUAUCCAUGCUUACAUGCAUUGCCCUUCUAGCUUAAAUACAACAACACUCCUUCAAUCUGCACGGGACUUUUCAUAUGCUCCACAGCGUAAAAAAGCAAAGUGGCAACUUAGAGAGCAAAAAGCUAUUGUAAAUGUAUAUCCACAUUUCCCGGAACCUCCCAUUGAAGAUAGUCAAGAGUUUGAGCUUUUCUGUUGGUCUGAACUCUUACUGUACAAACUGUUUCGUGACAUAGCAAUAGAAAUAGGAACUUCUAAAGAACAAGUUAUAGCAAAUUGGAAAGACUUCAGUUCAAACGGCUUCACUCGCUUGUACGAUACCCACCUCAUCCAUGCCCUUCCACCUCAAGAUGCAGAUGAUAGUGACAGUAAUGAUUGUGAACAUCAAGAAUAA